GCGCUGUGCAGCCUUCUCCGCCGAGAUGCCUCCAUCAACUUCAAAGCCAAAGGGAACAGCCUGGUGUCCGUCUUGGCCUGCAACCUUCUCAUGGCGGCUUAUGAGGAAGACGAAAACUGGCCUGAGAUAUUUGUCAAGGUUUACAUGGAGGAUUCGCUGGGGGAACGGAUCUGGGUGGACAGCCCUCACUGCAAGACCUUCGUGGAAAACAUCCAGACGGCUUUUGGCACCAAGAUGCCCCCUAAAAGUAUUUUGUCGCACGGAGAGGUUGGACGCGGUGGAGGAGACCUCAGUGCUGGAAACAGCCCCCAUCCUUCUGUUCCGGAGGAAGAAGACAGUCAGAGUGAACUGUUGAUAGCCGAGGACAAAAUGAGCCCUGAGCAGGAAGCCCACCUGAUGCCCAGGUAUGACGACCUUGCCGAGAGUGUGGAGGAAUACGUUCUGGACAUGUUGCGGGACCAGCUUAACAGACGCCAGCCGAUGGACAACGUCUCCCGGAAUCUGUUGCGCCUUCUGACCGCCACCUGUGGCUAUAAGGAGAUACGGCAGAUGGCUGUGCAGAGGCUGGAAAUGUGGCUGCAGAACCCCAAGCUCACUCGGCCAGCCCAGGACUUGCUCAUGUCUGUCUGCAUGAACUGCAACACCCACAGCUCCGAGGACGUGGAGGUGGUCUCCAACCUCAUCAAGAUCCGCCUGAAACCCAAAGUCCUCCUCAAUCACUACAUGCUCUGCGUCAG